AUGGGUAUUCAUUUUUUAUUAGUUUUAAAUAGACAAGGUAAAUCUAGAUUAGUCAAAUGGUUUGAUAAUUCAUAUACAAAUCAACAAAAAAGUCAAUAUAUAAGUGAAAUACAUCGAUUAAUUUCAUCAAGAGAUUCAAAAAAUCAAUCAAAUUUUAUUGAAUUUCAAUCGAAUAAAUUAGUAUAUAGAAGAUAUGCUGGUUUAUAUUUUAUAUCAUCAAUUGAUUUAAUUGAUUCAGAAUUAAGUUAUCUUGAAAGUCUACAUUUUUUUGUCGAGAUUCUUGAUAUUUAUUUUAACAAUGUUUGUGAAGUUGAUCUCGUGUUAAAUUUUUAUAAAUUAUAUUAUAUAUUGGAUGAAUUAUACCUUGGUGGAGAAAUACAAGAAAUACUGAAGAAGAAAAUAUUAGAUAGAUUGGAAUAUUUGGAUAGUUUAAAUUAA